AUGCCCGACGACUUCUCCCCCUUCUACAUCGCCUCCUCCAAAGCCAGUCCCAAGGCCCGCACCGACUACACCAAAAAGCCCUCCAGCCCCUCCUUCCCCUCCCCCUUCACAUCCACAUCAGAAUGCAAAGACUGGCUGUUACGCAACCAAUACAGCGUAAACUUCAUAAACCAAAAUAUCAUGUUCGUCGCCGAUGCACGGAGUGCAAAAGAUGAAACUCUCCUGGCUUACACGUAUUGCGAGAGGACUAUGCGCUUGGGACCGAAUCACGAAUGGGUGCUUCCGCCAAAAGCGAAGACGUAUCGGGAUGCGCUGAUGUUUCAGGUUCAUAUGCAGGAGGGGGAGUUGAAUGAGACGUGGUCGUUGUUUUAUUUGAGGGCGGAGGAGAUUAUGGAUGAGGAUGGGGUUGUUGAUAUGGAGAAGGCUACGAAGAUUUGUUACGGAGACGCGGCAUAG